GGAAGGGGGCAAAAAGUUUUCAGACCUUCUUACUUCAUCAGAACAAAAAAGUCAAACACCAAGAUACCGGCCCCAUUUCCUCCCCUUUGCAUGUUACUCAUAACGCUACAGUAGGGUGGUGUACCUGCAACUGGGACAGCCAUGGAGAAGAGUGGGAACAUUCAGCUGGAGAUUCCUGACUUCAGUAACUCUGUCCUGAGCCACCUGAAUCAGUUGCGCAUGCAGGGUCGCCUGUGUGACAUCGUGGUCAACGUCCAGGGGCAGGCUUUCCGUGCUCACAAGGUGGUGCUGGCUGCCAGCUCGCCCUACUUCCGCGACCACAUGUCCUUGAACGAAAUGAGCACCGUUUCCAUUUCUGUCAUCAAGAACCCUUCUGUUUUCGAGCAGCUCCUUUCCUUUUGUUACACCGGGAGGAUAUGUCUGCAGCUGGCUGACAUCAUCAGUUACCUAACGGCCGCCAGUUUCUUGCAGAUGCAGCACAUCAUAGACAAAUGCACGCAGAUCCUCGAGGGAAUUCAUUUCAAAAUUAACGUGGCAGAGGUGGAAGCAGAAUUGAGCCAGACCAGGACAAAGCAUCAGGAGAGACCACCCGAAUCUCACCGGGUGACGCCAAAUCUAAACCGUUCUCUGAGCCCGCGUCACAACACCCCAAAGGGGAGUCGCCUGGGCCAGGUUAGCACGGUGCUGGACAUUCGGGAGCUCAGCCCACCUGAGGAGUCUACCAGCCCCCAGAUAAUUGAGCAGAGUUCAGAUGUGGAAAGCAGGGAGCCCAUACUACGGAUUAACAGAGCGGGACAGUGGUACGUGGAGACGGGAAUGGGAGAGCGCGGGGGACGGAACGACGACGACGUGCGGGUGCUGGGAGGAGUGCGCAUUAAAACAGAGAACCUGGAGGAGUGGCUCGGGGCAGAUCAUCAGCCGUCAGGAGAAGAUGGGAGCAGCGCCGAGGAGGUCACUGCGAUGGUGAUUGACACCACGGGCCACGGAUCGAUGGGCCAAGAGGCUUAUGCGUUAGGGUCCUCCGGGGCCAAAGUGGUCAGGCCAACCAGCAGUGAGAUUGACAGAUUUAGCCCUUCUGGCAGCAUGGUUGCUGUGACUGAGCGGUACAGAUCAAAAAGCGAGUCUCCCGGGCGGAUGGAUGAGCCCAAGCAGCCCAGUUCCCAGGGGGAGGAAUCGGCCAUGCUGGGAGUGAGCGGUUACGUGGAAUAUCUGCGGGAGCAGGAGGUUUCGGAGCGCUGGUUCCGCUACAACCCACGCCUCACGUGUAUUUACUGCGCCAAAUCCUUCAACCAGAAAGGCAGCCUGGACCGGCACAUGCGGCUCCACAUGGGCAUCACCCCUUUUGUCUGCCGCAUGUGUGGGAAGAAGUACACCCGCAAGGAUCAGCUGGAGUAUCACAUCCGCAAGCACACGGGCAACAAGCCUUUUCAUUGCCACGUCUGCGGCAAAAGCUUCCCUUUCCAGGCCAUCCUCAACCAGCACUUUCGCAAGAACCACCCCGGCUGUAUGCCUCUGGAGGGGCCUCACAGCAUCUCCCCCGAGACCACCGUCACGUCUCGGGGGCAGGCGGAGGAAGAGUCUCCUCCUCAGGAGGAGGCUGUCGCUGUGGGGGAGACGGCCCAGGGAUCUGUGUCCACCACUGGGCCAGAUUGAAACAGGGCUGCAGAGUCUGGGGGAGAAAGGACCGUCUUCCCAAUUUUUUGGCUCUAAAGAGUCAGCACCAACCUGGCAGGCUGGUACUGUAAUUAGUGCAAUGCCACCACUGGACAGACAGAAGCUCCCAAGAUGUUGCCAAAAUUGCAAAAUCUUUCUCUCUCUCUCUCUCUCUCUUUCUCUCAACCCGCCCCCCCCCAACACACACACACACACGUAGAGUGUUGAAAAGUUUUUCUCCCAUAUUCCUCCUCCUCUUGGAGAAAAACGGAAACAACUGUGUCAAUCAACUUCUUAUUCAGGGAUCGACAGGAUUUUAAAUUUUUUUAAUGUUCCGUAGUGAUCUGGGACAAGCAGUCAUUUGUAUUUCUCGACAGCGUUGUGGCCCAGCAGCUAGGUCCCACUGCUGCUCCUCACCAUAUCUGCUGGUCCAGCUCAAGGGGAAAGCAGGAGCAAAGUGCCGUUGCCUUCCUCCAUUCCCCAGGCAGUUGCCACGUUAAAAAAAAAGACUGUCCUGGUGGAACCUGCCUUGCCCGAGUGUAUUUAUCCCUGUCUUAUUUUUGGUGUGUCUCUUUUUACCUUUUUACUUCAACUAUUAUUUUAGGGCUUUUGGCUUGCCCAUCCCAGGCCUCAACGCCCCGUGUUCAAAGCUGGCUCGGCUGGAAAGCGGUGUUCUAGAGGUCAGCAAAAUUUGAAUUUCAGCUACUGGAAAGUGAAAUUUAGCAGCUGUGAGGUUUGCAUGAGACUCCGGUGCGUUGGGAGAAGGGUUGGAGGGGGUCUUUUGGAGGAGGUUGUCCUUUGCUGUUGCUGAUCUGGAGAGUUCAGAGCAUUCUGAUGUCCUGCCGUGCUUCAGGUGGUGCCGAGCAUUAGGAAGAGCUUUUCUGGACGGGCUGAAUUGCGGAGUUAGAGGCUGGCUACCAAAGUCCUCCUUCACCCCUACUCCCCCCUCGACACGCACUUGAUUUUCUCUUUUAUAACAGCAAUAUGGUAUACUGAAAUACUGUUGUCCCAGCCAAGCAAUCGUGGGUGGUUGCUUUUAAACGUCUUUCUACAAACUAGUUUGAUAACUUUUUUUAUCGAUGAAAUGCAAAAAGAACAGAAAACCCUACUUUUAUUUCCUCGUAACGGUUCAGGAAACUUAAAAGUGAAUGGUUCCUAGAGCAAUCACAACUCUGUUCCCUCGCAUGGACUUAAACUUUUUGUAUUCUAAGCAGCUCUGAUGUUUAGAGCAAGUUAAGCAAACCCGGAGAGACAUGCCUGCAUUGUGUAUUGUAGGUGUUUGCACGUGCUUACGUGUUUCAUAAACGGAAAAGCAUGGGACAGGUAGAUAAGUGCAAAUAUCUUGACAUCUUUUGAAGAAGUCUUUUAAAAAAAAAAUAUGCAAUACUUUAAGAGUUUUCUCUGGUUCUGAUGCCAAGUUGUUCAUGACGGAGGGGGGAGAAUGAACGACAGGUUGCGCAGAUUGGGUUUGGGAGAGGACGUUUGGUUGAAGGAGUUCACUUGAGGAUGUAUAACGUGUACAAUAAGGAAUGAUGAAGUUCUGAUCCUUAGGGUUAUGGGAGGAACAAUGAGACUCU